GUCAAGCUUUCGGCCCCAGCUAACUAACCGUUUUAUUACUGUGAUUAUUCUGCUUUGUAAUGGUGUCGCUUAGGCUCACUUUUGAGCUAGGUACUUUCGUAUCUUCACACAGCCAUUGAAUUACAGUAGCCUUGUCGCAAAGAUUGCCCGCCAUCUCCAACCUUUUUGUAGACUCCCUUCUCCCCCGCAUGCUGCUUUCCAUCAGGUCUUGCGGGAAAACGAGCUUCCAGUUUCCGUCUCCUGCGCUCGGUCAACGAGUGGAUGCUGGGCCCCCUGAAUUGACUGGCCCCAGCACAAAAACGGCCCUGACGGCGCUAGGCACCACCCCAACCGGAAGUUUUGCGAGGGGCCCACUACCCCCGACGCGCGCAACUCCCGCAUUCGAAGCGUCCAGACAGAAUUCGCACCCAUUCAUCAAUUCACUCAAUCAACUCUCCCGUCGGCAGCCAUCGAUACUCGACCGACACGCAUACAGGCCGCCGCCUCGUCUCUUAUCAUCUGAGCGCCGGAUUCCAGGCCGUUUCGACACUCGCAGGCUUUUUCCCGACCAAAGAGCUCGCUGGUCUCGAAAUUGUUGUCCUUUGUGGCACUCGCUGACGGCCCCACAGUCUCGUUCACCAGCCAUCCAAUCCCCUUCCCGUCGUUCUCGCACGAACGGCUCAACAAGACGCACGAACGAAGCCUUUUCGCUGUCGAGGUACCCAAGCCACUGAAAGACUCAAUCUCGCUCAAUCGACAUUCGCCUUAGCUAUCUCAAUAUCGCUUCUAAUUUAUUACGACCGUUUCUGUUUGCUAUCGGCCGCAUCCAUAGCCUAGCGAAACCCCCUCCUACCUGACACAUCGUGCGACGACCAAGGAGGUUUACGUCGGGUCCUGACAACGCCUUUCGCCCACAACGCCCACAACAAAAAUAUUUUCGU